UCUUUUCUAGCCUCAUAAUCUCCUUCUGUGUUGGCUUCAGAACACGCUUCAAGAUUUCUAAUAUUUCUUUUCCCCGAAAACGUGGCAUCCAGGAAAACAGGAAGAAAAAUGCUAAAUCCACGCAGAUUGGACGGAUUAUAAAGAAUCAACGGCUUCGGCACAUCCGUACACAGAAAAACAUCCGAGUCAAAGGGACAUAGAAUGAGUACAGCAUAUUAUUUAUUUUCUUCUUUCUUCUUGUUGGGCAUGAACGUACAGUUGGGGGGCUCGUAUUAAUCCUGAAAUCUGGACGUUAUCUCUUCCCGUCUGUUCCACUCUCUUUACAGCACAAUCCCUAAUGAAGAAAUCUAGAGAACUUGCAUGUUUUGGGCGUCCUUUUGAGAGAUGAUUUCUGACCGGAAACAUUGUAGGCCAGAGACUGGAGACAGAGAGCCGGGACUUUGCAGAGAUUGUCAUCAACAACCAGCAAGACUUGACUGUGAACUUUGAAGAAGCUCCUGCUGCCAAAUUGAUGGCUCCUCCAAAUUGAGCCUCGAACAGUGAGUACCACUGGCUCAGUCUCCAUUUAUAGAUUGUACGCAGAUUUUAACUGAAACUCAGUUCUUAUUCAGGAUUUCCCGGCAAAGAAAGAGUCAGAAGAUGGAGAAACCUGCUUCGGAGCCAAUCGAAUCGCCACCUCGCCUCGCCAUCGACGAAAUCGAAGAGUCCCCGAGGGUCUUCGUCAACAGGAAGCAAGCCGACAAGUGGAUGGCCUUCGAAAAGCAUCAGCCCCCCAAUCCUCCCCAGCCGAGCUCAGACCUUAGCCCUCCGAAUGCCGCGACGGCCUCCAAUGGCGGGUCGGCCUCUCAGACCGGGGGAGGCCCAAUCCUGACCGAGGCGUCCAUCGCGGAGAGGACGGCGGAGUGGGGCCUGUACGUGACGCCGGCGGGCGGGGAUGGGAGCCUCAAGGCGCCGGGCUUCACGAUCAGGACGUCGGGCGACGGCGGCGGCGGCGGCGGCGGAGGCGGCGAGCGGAGCAAGAACUCGUCGGAGAGGUUGGCGUUGGAUUCCACGAGGACGUCGGAGGACUCGAGCCACAGGUCGGAGGCGCUGCCGAGGGUGUCGCAGGAGCUGAAGAACGCGCUGGCGUCGCUGCAGCAGACGUUCGUGGUGUCGGACGCGACGAAGCCGGAGUGUCCGAUCCUGUACGCGAGCAGCGGCUUCUUCACCAUGACCGGCUACUCCUCCAAGGAGGUCAUCGGGAGGAACUGCCGAUUUCUUCAAGGACCGGAGACGGACCAGAACGAAGUGGCCAAGAUAAGGAGCGCCGUGAAAGCCGGGAAAAGCUACUGCGGUAGGCUUCUGAACUACAAGAAGAAUGGAACUCCCUUUUGGAAUCUCCUCACCCUCACCCCUAUCAAAGAUGACAAAGGAAACACCAUCAAGUUCAUCGGAAUGCAAGUUGAGGUCAGCAAGCACACAGAGGGUGUUGUCGACAAAGCAGUGCGGCCAAACGGAUUGCCUCAGUCCUUAAUCCGCUAUGAUGCUCGUCAGAAGGAAGAGGCUUUAGAUUCCAUGACAGAGGUUGUCCAAACAGUGAAGCAUCCACGAUCUCAUAUUCGGUCUAUUAGUAACGAUGUAAAGAACGAAGUACUGGAGAGAUUUAACCUCGACUCCUUCCUGCCAAAGUCCACUGAUACAGAAAAACUGAGCACCCCUGGUAGAAAAACUCCUCUAGUGGAUCGCACUAGUAAUUGGCAGCGUACCAGUUCCGUUCAAGAAGUGGAAAAGAAAUCUCGAAAAUCAGGACGUAUCUCCUUGGUGGGAGGUUCUACUGAAUUUAGGCUCAAAGGGAGGUCUCCAAGCAUUGGAGGGAAGCAAGAGUUACAACAAAGUAUUGAACCUGAAGUUUUGGUGACAAAAGAUUUGGAAAGCAGAGACAGUUGGGACCACACCGAUAGAGAGAGAGAUAUACGCCAAGGAUUUGACCUUGCAACCACAUUGGAGCGCAUUGAAAAGAAUUUUGUGAUUACCGAUCCCAGACUUCCAGAUAAUCCAAUUAUAUUUGCUUCUGACAGCUUCCUUGAAUUGACUGAAUAUACCCGUGAGGAAAUUUUGGGAAGAAAUUGUAGGUUUCUUCAAGGUCCUGAAACAGAUCAGGCAACUGUCUCCAAGAUUAGAGAUGCUAUAAGAGAACAAAGAGAGAUCACCGUUCAGUUGAUCAACUAUACUAAGAGUGGGAAGAAAUUUUGGAACCUGUUUCACUUGCAACCUAUGCGUGACCAGAAGGGUGAGCUUCAAUACUUCAUUGGUGUCCAACUAGAUGGAAGUGAUCAUGUGGAACCCCUUAGGAGCCGUCUUUCAGAAAGGACAGAGCAACAAAGUUCUAAACUGGUCAAAGCUACUGCUGAAAAUGUUGAUGAAGCUGUCCGUGAGCUUCCUGAUGCCAAUUUGAGGCCAGAAGAUUUGUGGGCAAUUCAUUCUCAACCCGUCUUUCCAAGGCCUCACAAAAGAUAUAGUCCUUCAUGGGUAGCAAUCCAAAAGAUCACAGCACGUGGUGAAACAAUCGGCCUGCGGCAUUUUAAGCCCAUCAGGCCUUUGGGUUGCGGUGACACUGGGAGCGUUCAUUUGGUGGAACUGCAAGAAACAGGUGAACUGUUUGCUAUGAAGGCCAUGGAAAAAUCAAUGAUGUUGAAUCGUAACAAGGUCCACCGAGCAUGUAUUGAAAGAGAAAUCAUUUCAUUACUGGAUCAUCCUUUUCUUCCAACGCUAUACAGUUCCUUUCAGACUUCAACACAUGUUUGUUUAAUCACGGAUUUUUGCCCUGGUGGAGAAUUGUUUGCUUUGCUUGACAAACAGCCAAUGAAAAUAUUUACGGAGGACUCUGCGAGGUUCUAUGCAGCAGAGGUCCUUGUUGGUCUGGAAUAUCUUCAUUGCUUAGGAAUAGUAUAUCGGGACUUGAAGCCUGAGAACAUUUUACUCCAGAAGGAUGGGCAUGUCGUAUUGACUGACUUCGACUUAUCCUUCUUGACAUCCUGUGAACCCCAAAUAAUACAUCAUCCACCUCCCAAUAAUAGAAGAAGAUCAAGGAGUCGGCCACCACCGAUAUUUGUUGCCGAACCAGUAUCACAAUCUAAUUCCUUUGUCGGAACUGAAGAGUACAUUGCACCUGAAAUUAUAACCGGGGCAGGGCAUAGCAGCGCUAUUGAUUGGUGGGCCCUUGGCAUCCUAUUGUACGAGAUGCUGUACGGGCGCACACCUUUUAGAGGAAAGAACAGACAGAAGACAUUUGCCAACAUCUUGCACAAGGAUCUAACAUUCCCAAGUAGCAUUCCAGUAAGUCUCGCAGGCAGGCAACUCAUUUAUGCGAUGUUACAGAGAGACCCUGCAUCCCGUCUAGGAUCAAAUAAUGGUGCCAAUGAAAUCAAGCAACAUCCUUUCUUCCGGGGGAUCAACUGGCCUCUCAUUCGCUGCAUGUCCCCACCUCCACUAGAAGUGCCUCUUCAGCUAAUUCGAAAGGAUCCAAAAGCCAAGGAUGUGCAUUGGGAAGAUGAUGGAGUGCUCACCUCUUCUAUGGAAAUGGAUAUAUUUUGAAGAAAAGUGAGUGUAUCCAAACAUUACCAUGAGGAGGAUCUCCAUUGCACAUGCCACAGUAUCACUCUUUCAUCCAAAAGACAGAGAAACAAAAGUAUUGAGGUUAUUAAGGUCUAGAAGCAGCAGCAGCAGCGAAAGGAUCUCUGUCUCAGAAUAGAUAGGUUUGGAUAGAAUCAAAUGGGUGGUCAAUUGAGUUUGUAUGGUGUACGGGUGCUUGCAGACAAAUAAAGCUGAAAACCAUUCAAUUUCUUGGUAACUACGUCUGAUACAGUGGUUAGGUAUUAUAAUUCGUGUAUAACGUUCCAAUAAAGGCUUUUAAUGACAUCAAUAAUGUUGAGAUAUUUUUUAUCA